AUGUCUGCCGCUACCGCCACUGCCAACGGUGGCACCUCAGCCCUCGCCGUGUGGAGCCAGGUCCCCCAGGCACCCGAGGAUGCCAUCUUCAAGCUCACAUACGCCUACAAGGCAGACCAGUACGACCGGAAGGUCAACCUCGGUGUCGGCGCAUACCGCGACGACGACGGCAAGCCCUGGGUCCUGCCCUCGGUCAAGCAGGCCCAGACGGCGCUGAUCGCAGACGAGUCGGUCGACCACGAGUACCUCUCCAUCACCGGUCUGGCCGAGUUCACCUCUUCGGCCGCAAAGCUCAUCCUCGGUGGCGACUCGGCCGCCAUUGCAGAGAAGCGCGUCGCCUCGGUCCAGACCAUCAGCGGGACGGGCGCCAACCACCUCGGCGCCGUCUUCCUCAGCCGCUUCUACGGCUUUGAAAAGUUUGGCGUCGAGAGGCAGAUCUACAUUUCCAACCCCACCUGGGCCAACCACAAGGCCAUCUUCAACAGCGUUGGCAUCAAGCCCGUCGACUACCCAUACUACGACCCAAAGACGAUUGCGCUAGACUUCGAGGGCUUCACAAAUACUCUGCGGAGCGCCAAGAACCAGAGCAUCUUCCUCUUGCACGCCUGCGCCCACAAUCCGACCGGCGUCGACCCGACGCCCGAGCAGUGGCAGCAGAUCGCCGACAUCUUUGUCGAGAAGGGUCACUUUGCCUUCUUCGACUGCGCCUACCAGGGCUUCGCGUCGGGAGACCUCGAUCGCGACGCCGGUGCGGUGCGACACUUUGUGGCGCGCAAGUCGAUCCCCCUCCUCAUCUGCCAGAGCUUUGCCAAAAACGCCGGCCUCUACGGCGAGCGGGUGGGCGCGCUCCACGUCGUCUCGGCCACGCCCGAGCAGAGCGCCGCCGUCCUGUCGCAGCUCGCCGUCAUCCAGCGGAGCGAGAUUUCCAACCCGCCCGCGUUCGGUGCCCGCGUCGUCAAGAUGAUUCUCACCGAGCCCAAGCUCUACGCGCAGUGGCAGGCCGACGUCAAGAAGAUGGCGGGCCGCAUCAUCGACAUGCGCCAGCGCCUCUUUGACCUCUUGACCAAGCAGCUCAAGACGCCCGGCAACUGGGACCACAUCCUCAAGCAGAUUGGCAUGUUUACAUUCCUCGGCCUCGACACGGAUCAGUGCAAGCGUCUGCUCGAGGAGGGCCACAUCUACCUCACCGCCAACUCGCGCAUCAGCAUGGCCGGCCUCACGACAAAGAAUGUCGAGUACGUCGCCGGCUGGAUCGACAAGGUCGUCCGCGAGAAGAAGUGA